AUGCAGUCCACCUCCCCAUUCCAGUGUGCCAUUUGCUCCAACUCCUUCACCCGACUUGAACACCUUCAAAGACACCUACUAGCUCAUACUGAUAGUCGGCCGUAUGGAUGCACUUUCUGCACACUAACCUUCAACCGGAGCGAUGCGUUGACACGACACUGGAAGACCUGCGAAGCUCGCAUAAACUCCGGACACACCACCCCGAAACUGUCGCAUCGGAAGAGGGGAAGAAAACAGCACUCCUGUGACCGAUGUUCUCAAUCGAAAAGGCGAUGUAGCCGGACUUUUCCAUGCGACAAGUGCAUGGAUGGGAAGCAAGAAUGCACCUACCUUCGGUUCCUGCUGGACGCCGAUAACCUGUCCACCGCAGCACAACUACCAACCUUAGUCCCGGACAAUAACCAAUGGCAAAGUCCGUCUUCUGGUUCCGAUGCUGGGCUCGGUGUUCCAUGGGCUAUUGUUGAGGAAGAGAGCAUGGCUUCCGGCCCGCUCAUACCCGACGCUGACAGCUUGAUUCCCUUUCUAUACCCGGACUAUGCAGCUAAAGGGGUGUCGUCUCCCAACUUUGCGCAGCCUUGGGGUCCCCCAGUGACUCGCAAUCACGGGGAAAGUGGCCCAAUAAUACCUUGGAUGUCUCAGUUAACCUGGAACGUCUACGAUAUGGCCGCUUAUGCUCCGAGUUUCGCUCCUCCCAGGCCAUCAGCACGGCCCGUGAGACUCAACUUCCUGGCCAAGUUCACCUCAACGUCAACCAAAGGGAUGGCAAAUUCGUUCGACUGUGGGAAUCCCGAGGAACGAAGACGGGUCAUCCUAAUUCUUACCAACACAGCUGGGAGGUCGGAGCGCUUAUCGACCUCUGACGCUGGAAGGGCCUUGAUGUUCCAACAACUGCUGCUCGUCCACCCCCUGGCCGCCAAGACGCACGAGAUAGUCCUCGGGAUGAGCCAACACCACCACGCCAACACAUCUGACGGCAUAAAUUGGCAAGACAGUCUGGCCCUAAACGAAUCUCUCUGCCACCAGUUCUUCUCUCCCGCAAACCUCGAUCGAUAUCUCAUAGCCUUCUGGUCCUUCUGGUACCCCAACUGGCCCGUCUUCCAUAAGCCCAGCUUCGACCCGACCCGGACGCCCGCCCGCCUCCUCGCCACGAUUGCCAUCAUUGGCGCCUGCCUCACCCCCGAAGAUGCCGACCGCGACGCCGCCAUGCACUGGCUCGGCGCUGUCGAGGAAUGGGUCUUCACCGACCCGGCCUUCAGCGACGACGACUCUCUGGACGCAGCAGCAGACGAGCCCGACAUGGCGGCCGUCAGGGACAGGCUGGACGCCCUGCGCGCGGCGUACUGCAUCAUCCUGGUGUGUUCGUGGGAGGGGAAGGAGAGCCAGAAGCGUCGCGCCCGGAGGACUAGGUAUUCGCAAGUUAUUUCCGUGGCGCGGAGUCUGCAGGUUUCGGGGCUGACGACGCAUGGGGAUCUGGGCGCCUAUCUGCGAAUCGGGAGUGCACAGGGGAAUUGGCAGAGAUUUGUUCUGAAGGAGGAGCUCAUUCGGACUGUCACGUAUGUGUUUCUGCUGGAUAUGGGAUAUGUCAUUUUCAACAAUACGCCGCCGCGGAUGGUUACUUUCGAGCUCGAUGUCGGGCUUACUUGCCCGGAGACGUGCUUCCAAGCUGGGGAUCUGGAGUCGUGGUUGUUCAGUGUUAAGGCGUGGUCGGAGACCAGUUUAGGACAGGGGCAGCCCUCGGUGUCGAGUAUGAUGGAGGUAUUGAUGAAGGAUGAAGUGUCGCCGGGGGACUGGAAAAUGUUGAGGCAAAUGAGUUCCCUCAAUUUCUUCACUCUUGCAUCCGCUCUCCACGGUCUGAUAUUCCACCACCACUGCCAGCCAACAUCCUGGAACCAGGCGACUCCAAUUCUCCACGGUCUCCGGAACUGGAGACAAGCCUGGCUGCAACGGGAGCAGCUUUGUGGACUCCGAGAGCCGGAUCGUGCGGUGCCAGACGACGCGUGGAGAAGGAUUGGCUUCAUGCGCUUUGCAGCGGAGUACUGGUAUCUUGGGUGCAUCGUGUACAAGCGAACGGAAUCUAUGCAGACUUUGAGGGCCGAUUGGAACAAGAUAGCGGGCGGGCCGUUCAGGAAGGGCUUUCUCGAAAGGUACGACAAUUCGGAUAUGCGGCAAGUUCAUGAACUGGUAAUUCAGUUCCAGGAUAUGGGACUUGGAGCGGAGAUCGUGUAA